AUGCUUGCUUCUACUUUACCCGAAAACGGCUUUCAAGUGGACAGUAUGAGCGAUGCAUACGCAAGUGGUGCUGAUGAACAAGGUGCUAGUGGAUCGGCAGCCGACUCUGAUGGAGAUUCGGUCGCAGAUGAGACUGCAUCUAGGGGAAGUCAAUCGAGUGAGGCUUAUACGAUAACGAAUGACGUUUCGUUAAUGGCACUUCUAUCAAGUAAAACAACUGAACUCACCGAUCAGAAGAACAGAGUUGGCUUUCAGUCAUCGUCAGUGCUCGAUACGGUGCCGUCAACAUCGACCGCAUCAACAAACAAUUAUGACGAGAGCGAUUACGCGAUCGCUACAUCUGACGAUCAACGCAGUGUUACAUCACAGAAGGAACCUUUCGUUGAAGAGGCACGAACGACACUUGAGCAACGACCUCCCGACUCGAUAUCACCGUGGAUGCGUAAUGCUGGUCGCAAGAAGUCACAUCCUGUCUGGGAGUUCUUCAAAGAUCUGCGUGCACCUGACGGAACUGGUGGUGUGAUUUGUUUGCAUUGCGAUUGGAGGGGUGAUGAUCGAAGUCCGAAUAAUUUGAAGACGCAUUUGAAACGAUUCCAUGAACACGACGGUGUCUAUAAGCAAUUCGCUGCAAGAUUAGCUGCGGUUAGUUUUGAUGUUGACUCGUUCGCUAAAGUAAAUUGUGAUAAGAGAACGCAUCGAUGCGUCAAAUCGUUGUACUGA